AAAAUAUUUUACACGCUCGCUCACUUGACAUUCGACAGCUUAAUCAUUCAGCGUCGGUGGUGGGUAUUUGACGAGUAUGUUAAUCUAGAUUAUUUUUAUUUCGUAAUCAAGUCUAUUAAAUAAGUAUGAUUUAUUUUACUUUUUUGUGGAUAAUUGUGACCUUAGUUAUUCAAACCCAAGAAUUUAAUCCCAAGCAUGUACAUCAUUCAAAUGAAAAGAAGUUGAUAGCUUAUAAAGACGAAGAAAAAAAAGAAUGCCAAAUACGUUUUAAUAAUUACGGAAAGGAAGAACAAUUUGUUGCUUUAAAUUUAAAAUACAAUUUUGGGAAUAAGAAAACUCUAUCAAGAAAAGAAAUCAUAAACAUAAUUGAUGAGGACAUGAUAAAAUUUUGCGAAAACUAUAAAAUAACAUUUGUGGACUUGAACGAUAAAAAAAAAUUCAGAUCAAAACGAGCAAGUGACAAAAAAAGGUAUCAGGGACAAACUCAAACGCAAUUUGUGAGUUUCGGCCCGCAGUAUUCUAAUAAUCAAAGCGUAAAAAAUGGAAUAGCUGAAGCAGUGUCGCAGCCUGAUAUGUCAAAAGCUACUGUUAGUGGUGUAAACUUUAUGGGACAAGCUCAAAGUCAGUCAAGUGUAACUGAUUGUGAUGAUUGUAAAGAACAAAACAUAGAAAAAAAUCAUAAUUCAAUUAAACAUUAUACUUCACCUCACAGUUUAACUGACUUUAAUGGACGUAAAUAUAAAGAAAAUAUUUUGAACUUUCCUCCCAAUGUCCCUAGUAAUAAUAAUAAACCAAUUCAAUUAACUCAAGAAAAUCAGAAUAAUUUUAAAAAACAUCUCAUGACAAAUAAUGAAAACCGUUUACCGUCAUAUUACUUGAAUGCCGGAAAAAAUAUACAAGAAGUAUCACUACCUAAACCUGUAGAAAAUAACGCAGAUUUUUCCUAUGGAAAUAUUCCUAACGAUAAUGCAGCGCCAAAUAAUAAUGAUUUUUCAACAUAUAAAAAUAAUUUAAAUCCAACUUAUAACAAACAACCAUUUGAUUAUUUUAAUGAAAACCGAUUACAGUUAUUAAAUAAUUAUUCUAAUGAACAUAGUUCUCCUAACCAAAUGAAUAUUAAUCAAAAACCUUUAAUAAAUUAUGAACAAUCUAACUCUAAAGAUAAAACUCUUAACCCAAAUAGUCCUUAUAAUUUUAAGCAACAAUUAGUUUCAAAUAAUAAUCCUUUAAAUUUGCCACAAUCUAGAUAUUUUCUAAACACCAACCCACCAUACACAAAUCCCACACAAAGUCACAGCAAAGUAAUAACUAAUCAACAAAACCAGAAAACGCUAUCUGAUGACAUAAAUUACGCUCAAAAACCAUUUUUCUAUUCAGCAUAUUCUAAUAUACGUCAUCCAUUAUUAAAUCAGAAUCUUAAUCAAUUUAACUUACCAACAUUAUGUAGUUAUAUUUAUCAAACAUGCUUAAACGCUAUAUCCAAUAUUCGGGAUCAGGCAGGACUUAGCUAUCAUCAAUUUCCUCUCAAUUACCAAGGGACAAAGCAACAUGAUAAUUCUAUGUUGACUCAAAAUUUUUACCCAGAAUCGGGCCAAAUCUUGACAGAAAAUAAUGGUUUUCGCAGACAAAAAUUUAUGUACAUUCAACCAAAUUAUGCAGAUUCGAUUCAAAAUUUGAUUGGAUAUAACCCAUCAAAUGAAUAUAUUAGACAGCAUCCAAUACAACCUAGUUAUCUAGGUUUGGUGCAAGUUCCUAUUAGAAAUAAUGAACCUAGUAAUCAACAGCCAAUAAAUACACAACUUAGUUAUUCAGGGUUGGAUCAAAGCCCUAUUAAUAAUAAUGGACUUUUUGGUCAACAACCAACAAAUACACAAUCUAGUUUUUCAGAUUUGGGUCAAAGCUCUGUAAGUGAUAACGUACCUCAUAAUCAACAACUUACAUCUACACAAUUCAGUUAUCCAGGUACAGGUCAAACUCCUAUCAACAAUAAUAAUGGACUUUUUGGUCAACAAUCAACAAAUACACAAUCUAGUUUUUCAGAUUUGGGUCAAAGCUCUGUAAGUGAUAACGUACCUCAUAAUCAACAACUUACAUCUACACAAUUCAGUUAUCCAGGUACAGGUCAAACUCCUAUCAACAAUAAUAAUGGACUUUUUGGUCAACAAUCAACAAAUACACAAUCUAGUUUUUCAGAUUUGGGUCAAAGCUCUGUAAGUGAUAACGUACCUCAUAAUCAACAACUUACAUCUACACAAUUCAGUUAUCCAGGUACAGGUCAAACUCCUAUCAACAAUAAUAAUGGACUUUUUGGUCAACAAUCAACAAAUACACAAUCUAGUUUUUCAGAUUUGGGUCAAAGCUCUGUAAGUGAUAACGUACCUCAUAAUCAACAACUUACAUCUACACAAUUCAGUUAUCCAGGUACAGGUCAAACUCCUAUCAACAAUAAUAAUGGACUUUUUGGUCAACAAUCAACAAAUACACAAUCCAGUUACCCAGGUUAUAGCCAAAGCCCCAUCAAUAAUAAUGGACUUUUUGGUCAACAAUCAACAAAUACUACACAGCCCAAUUACCCAGGUAUAGGUCAAACUCCUAUCAACAAUAAUAACGGACUUUUUGGUCAACAACCAACAAAUGCACAAUCCAGUUACCCAGGUUAUAGCCAAAGCCCCAUCAAUAAUAAUGGACUUUUUGGUCAACAACCAACAAAUACACAAUCUAGUUUUUCAGAUUUGGGUCAAAGCUCUGUAGGUGAUAACGUACCUCAUAAUCAACAACCUACAUCUACACAAUUCAGUUAUCCAGGUACAGGUCAAACUCCUAUCAACAAUAAUAAUGGAUUUUUUGGUCAACAACCAACAAAUGCACAAUCCAGUUACCCAGGUUAUAGCCAAAGCCCCAUCAAUAAUAAUGGACUUUUUGGUCAACAACCAACAAAUACACAAUCUAGUUUUUCAGAUUUGGGUCAAAGCUCUGUAAGUGAUAACGUACCUCAUAAUCAACAACUUACAUCUACACAAUUCAGUUAUCCAGGUACAGGUCAAACUCCUAUCAACAAUAAUAAUGGACUUUUUGGUCAACAAUCAACAAAUACUACACAGCCCAAUUACCCAGGUACAGGUCAAACUCCUAUCAACAAUAAUAACGGACUUUUUGGUCAACAACCAACAAAUGCACAAUCCAGUUACCUAGGUUAUAGCCAAAGCCCCAUCAAUAAUAAUGGACUUUUUGGUCAACAACCAACAAAUACACAAUCUAGUUUUUCAGAUUUGGGUCAAAGCUCUGUAAGUGAUAACGUACCUCAUAAUCAACAACUUACAUCUACACAAUUCAGUUAUCCAGGUACAGGUCAAACUCCUAUCAACAAUAAUAAUGGACUUUUUGGUCAACAAUCAACAAAUACUACACAGCCCAAUUACCCAGGUACAGGUCAAACUCCUAUCAACAAUAAUAACGGACUUUUUGGUCAACAACCAACAAAUGCACAAUCCAGUUACCCAGGUUAUAGUCAAAGCCCCAUCAAUAAUAAUGGACUUUUUGGUCAACAACCAACAAAUACACAAUCUAGUUUUUCAGAUUUGGGUCAAAGCUCUGUAGGUGAUAACGUACCUCAUAAUCAACAACCUACAUCUACACAAUUCAGUUAUCCAGGUACAGGUCAAACUCCUAUCAACAAUAAUAAUGGACUUUUUGGUCAACAAUCAACAAAUACUACACAGCCCAAUUACCCAGGUACAGGUCAAACUCCUAUCAACAAUAAUAACGGACUUUUUGGUCAACAACCAACAAAUGCACAAUCCAGUUACCUAGGUUAUAGCCAAAGCCCCAUCAAUAAUAAUGGACUUUUUGGUCAACAACCAACAAAUACACAAUCUAGUUUUUCAGAUUUGGGUCAAAGCUCUGUAGGUGAUAACGUACCUCAUAAUCAACAACCUACAUCUUCACAAUUCAGUUAUCCAGGUGCAAGUCAAACUUCUAUCAACAAUAAUAAUCCUUUUGAUGAACAUCCUACAAACACACAAUCCAGUUAUUCUAAAUUGGGUCAAAGUUCUAUUGGAAACAAUGCACCGAGUAUAAGUCAGUUGGCAUAUGCAUCACCAAAUUACUCAAGAUCAGACCAAAGCUUUAACGAUAAAAAUACGUCUACUGGCCCGCAGUUUCAGGUAAGUAGUCCUAUUCCCAUAAAUAUUCAACAACUUGAUUCAGAACUUCCUAAUAAGUUAACUCAUACAACUAAUUACGCUAUUACUGGAGGGAAAAUUGGGUCUGAUGUAUCCAUAGGUAAUUUAAUGACGCCAAUUGAUACUGAAGGAGGAGAUUCUCAAUCAUUAACUAGUUUAAACAUAGAUGGUAAAGAAACAAGUGCUUUGGCAUCAGCUCAAGGAAAAUCUACUAGUGGAAUAACUCAAACACAGGUAUCAGGAUCAUAUUCUGGCACAGGAAUAUUUUCAGCUCAAGCUCAAACUAGUGAUAGCGACAAAGGAGCUCAAAGUGUAAUAAUGGGAAAUUCGAAUGGUACAACAAGCUCAGCUGAAGGAAAAGGAGGUAAGAGCAAAGUACAAUCACAAAUGCAUUACAACUACGAGACAGGAACAGCUCUAGGCGAAGCUCAAAGUUCAGGAAUUAAUUAUACUACAAAUACACAACUUGAAGUUGGAGUAAAAGGUGGCAUAGCUGAUGCUCAAUCGUCAGGUCCUGGUAGUACAUCGAGUCAAGCUCAAAUAGGUUUCUUGCCACAUGAUUUAAAUAAUAAUACUGACCAGAAGUCAUUAUUUAAAGGUGGUGGUACAGCAUUAGCUCAAGGUGGAACUUAUACUGGUCAAUCUCAAAGUCAACUCUUUGGAUCGUAUAAACAUGGAAUUUCUUAUAAUGGUGCAGCUCAAGCUAGUUCAGGAAAAAAUUAUCAAAAUUUACCAAAAUUAACUAUAGGCAACUCCAAGAAUACAAUUAAUAAGUUGGAAAAAAUUGGUAAUAAUAGUCGAGAUGAUAUCCAACUUCAUAAAUCUUUCCAAAUGUUAGAAGAAAAUCAAACUUCAACUCAAAAAAUAAAAAUUUUGGACAAUGUAAUGAAUACUACUCAAAAUAGUAUCAUUUAUUCAACAUCUACCUCAUCCCCUAUUUAUUCGUCAUCAGAAUCAUCACAGAAUUUUGAUGUUGAUUCUGAGUAUAACUAUGAUAAUGAAUAUUAUGAGGAUGAGAAGGAAGAUCAAAUUUACUCUAAAACAGAAUUAAAUGCAAAAGAAAAUAUACCUACUCAGGCGCAAAAUUCAUUUUUAAAUUUAGGAGACAAACAUGAUAUUAAAAUAAUUCGUGAUACAGAUAAAACUAUGAAAAAUAGUCAAGUUUUAAGCUCGGGCGAAAUCAUACCAGGAACUAAUGGUACCAAAGUACCAAUUGGUUUACGAGCUAGAGUUACCUCAGUAGCUGGAGAUCAAACUGAGGCAAAGGCUUUUCCAGGAGGACAAGCGCAAUCACAAACUAUACAUUAUACGCCAGGAUCAGGUGGUUUAACAAUUGUAGAUAAAACUAAAUUAAGGGCUUUACUUGGCAAUGAAUCAUACAUUACACCAUUAAACAAGACUUACAAACAUUUUCAAACUGAUACUAAUGGUGAAACUGGUUUUUAUCAAUCAAGUGACAAAAAUAUACAAUAUUAUACAAAAUCAUCAACUUGUGGCUACUUUUCUUUUUCAUGCAAUUACAUUGAUGGAGCAAAAACAGGUGCAAAAAUUUGCAAACCAAAUGCCCUACCAUUCCCUUGCCAAAAUAAAAUACUUGUAAGAUAAAAUAGUAGAGGGAUACAUAGUUGAAAAAUAAUAAAGUUAUAUAACACAUCAAAACUUAAUGUAAUUUUUUUAUUUUAGCAUAUUAAAAUAUAUAAAUAAGAACACUAUUUUUCUUAAAUUUGGCCCAUAAAUAAUUUUAUUAAUUAUUUAGUAUUCAUGUAAUAAUUUAACAUUAGGUACAAAAAAAUGUAUGAAUCACUAAAAAUAUACAUAAAAGUUAUAAUCUUAUAAUUAAAACCAAAUUUAAGUAAUUGAGCAAAACUUACAUAAAAUGUAAGAAUUAUAAAUAUCAUAACUAAU